UAAAUGGUUUAUAAAGUGUUUUCGUAGUUUGUUUUAUUCAUGCAAACCAUUUCAAGAUAAAAUCACACCAGAGCUAUAAAUCAACAAAUGAACAAGCAAGCUAACGGACUAGCAUAUACAAAGUGUCUGUGUGUUUUAAUAGUUCAUCAAACUUCCAAAUUUCAGUAACAUAUUUACUCCAUAUAUUUCAUGAUUGAAUGGAGAGAAAAUUGCAAGAAAAAGAAAGAAAAAAAAAUGUAAUCAUGGAUGCUUUUUUAUGCCUUCAUCUGUAAAAAUACUAAUUUCACAGCAGAUGCCAUUAUCCCUCAACACCAGCUGGAUCACAAGAUGGCAGCUGUUUGACUGAAAGCUCAUUUGAGCACAUAGAAACAGAUUGAGACUGUCUGAAAGCAUAACAGUACCUGCACUCAUACAAAUAUGAUUCCAUUUUCUUUCAAAUCCAAUUGAUUGUUAGAUGCAAACACUUCAUAUGUAAAUACAUAAAUACAGUUACACAGACAAUUAAAUACAUAAAUGCCACAUGCAUGUGUAUCAUCGCGCAAAGUUAGGAGAACCCCUGAAGACCCACAUAUGUAAUCAGUUAUUCUUGAUGGCAUCAGUAUGGAGAUUUCUCUUGCAUUGCCAUGACAAUCCUGGUAUUAUCACAGUGCCACUUUUCAUUUAUGUGAAGGAGACCGAAAAUCAUAGAACCUUGCAAUUUGUUCACAAUGUGAUGUUAUCAACCAAAUCAUCAAACAGAAAAGAAUGGUGCUUCAUUACCAGACAGCUAGCAAGGCUUUAAAGGCUAACAUUAGCUAGUGUUCCUACCUUGCCAGUCUGCAGUGAUACUAGAGGAGCAAUAUGUAAGUGCAGCAACUUUACAGCUGGAUUUCAGAUACAUUUCUAUUGAAGGAGGAGCACAACACUGACAUGUCAAAUGUCAGGACUUCCAUACACAAACCAACAAAGUAUAAUGUUAGCUAACUAGCUAGUUAGCUACAGAGAAAUCAGCCCACUCAUUGUGUUUCUUUCAUCCUUGUUAUAAAGACAAGGAUCAUAAGACAUCAGAACGACAGAGAAAUGUCAUAACCCUCAGUUUGAAGUGUGCCUCUGAAAAACUGCAGUUUGGAGGGCCAUGCAGGCCUAACUCUUCACCCUGCUCCUCUAUCAACAGUGUGUUGAGAUUGGGCCUUAUUAGUAUUAUAAGUAAUACUCAGUAUAAUCUUACAUUAUAUAAUAUCUUAAUAGUGAAAUUGUUGAGAGUUGUUAUAGAGGUUUCUAUGAAUGCUUUGUUACUCGAUGCCAUUGGAAUACAAUGUGACUGACAUUACGCCGAGCUGAGCACAGCCUUUGCUUAAGAAGGACUACACAGUUUUUUACAUAAAUAUUUGAGAAUGCAAAUUAUGGAGCAUAAUUGAUGCAUCUCUGCAGUGUUUGACAGCUGUGUGCAGCUGAUAAUGCUGAGUAUCAUGUAAUGAAGCAGUCCUCCAUCCAGUCAUCUUCGACAGCACAAGUACCAGUUUUUGCAGGUGACAUAUCACCAUGCUGCACAAAAGUAGAGCAGCUUCAGCUCCCCCUCAUUCUAGAGACUGUUGUGGUGAAGCUAUCAGGGUGUGUGUGUGUGUGUGUGUGUGUGCACCUGUGAACACAGCUCUCAGUCAGAAGGUCUGGUACAGGAAAUGUUUUGAACUACUGAGGACUCUAAUGUGUACAUGAUUGAAAGCUGGAUGCUGAUUGGCUGGAGUGCAUGACUUAUUUUCAGAUAACUCCACAGCUUUGAUGUCGUGUUCUAACUUAUUUUGCACAACUGCACACCUACAGCUACAUAUAAAUAGGAGCAGUGAAGUGUUAUUAAUGCCUUAACAUGGUUGUGUUGUCUUAUGUUGAAAUAACAAAAGAUAAAUCACACACUGAAUAAUAACAUGAUUUGUGAAUAUGGAUUUUGAAUCAUGUUCAAUAUUAUAAUAAGUAAUUAAUCAAUAAAUACCAUCCACGAAUGACUGAUUUGUGCUCUCAACCCACUUAAAGUUGCUGUAAUCAUUCUCACCGUUUUAGCCUUCCUGUCUGUUUCGCUGUUAGCUAUCCCCUCCCUCCUCUCUAUGUCACACAUGAAACUGCUGCAGCAUGGCAAGACGCCGCAGCAAACAGGAGGAUCAUGCACUCUGCUCAUGCACAAGCAAUUAAGACGGCCUCUUUAUGGAGUUCUCUGUCCUGAAUGAAUAAAGUGGACAGGGAUACCUGUCCACAUCUCUUUUUUCUAUGCUGCAUGUGCAGGGGGAGGAGAUACAUGGAUUACUGACAAAUACUGAUUAAAAAUAAAAAUAAAAUAAUAAUAAAAUAAAAAUGAUUACUGUUGGAAUAUAGAGCUAUUUAAUACUUUUUAAACAAAAAUACAUCAUAUACAGAGUUUAAUUUAGGCUCUCAAAUUAGUAGCUAGUGUGUAUAAUUCUAAGUGAUGGUUGGGGUCUUUUGAUGUGUGGUUGAACUGUAUGAGGUCCUUAUUCCUAGUCAGUGCAUUACCUGCUGUAGAUGCUGUAGCUGACAUGGGUUAGCAGUGCCUGGUACUGACAGGGAAGCAGAGUAUUGUAAUGCUAAAAGGUACUGACAGUGAGACAUAUUUAAGCCACCUAAAAGAGAUACAGCUGUUUUAUAUCUCUGUAAUAUAAAUUUCUGUAAGAAACUUAAGCUAGCCUAAAAAUGAUUAAUACAUUUACAUAAUUUUUCUCGAUGUCAUGUAUUGUUCUUGAAGGGUGUGUGAAGCACCGUUACCCGCAUCUCCUUGCUUUUGUGAGUGUGUGUUUUGUUGCCCUGAUAAUUACAUUUAUUCCUCGAUUUUUAAACAGCUGAUUUAUGUUGUUGUUAUUUAGCCUGUAUGACAUGUGACAGGCAGUUUUAAGUUUUGUAGAACCAACAAUAGGAUUCUGCAGUAAUGCUGCAGUUAACUGUACAUGUCCAUGUAUGCAAAUGCAUGACAUGUUUGGCAGAGGUGCACACUGGAAAACAGGGCUCCCCGAAAGCCACUGUGUAAUUCAAACCCUGAUCGCAAGAUGCUGUUGGCAGUUUCAUCUCAAAGUCCGCUGCUCUUCAUCCAACACACACACACAUUCCUCUCCAAUGCUGAUAAAUCUUUUUCUGACAAAGAAUAGUUAUUUUAGCACUAAAGCCACCAAAAAAAAAAAAAAACAUUUUCACUGUUCUAUCUCACCAGACUUCUAUAGAACUGCAGGGACUGGGAUGAGCAGGUGUUUUAAGACACACCUUCAAGCAGGUAGCCCAGUUGUGGCAGAAAUGCAAAUCCCUGCCACUCCGGGCUGACACACCGAGUCAAACCGAACACAGCCACCACUGGCUGAUGAAAUGGAAAAACACCCUGGUCCUGAAAGAUUCUAAGAUUCAGACUAUCAGCUGACUUACAAUUAGAAAGAAUGCUUGCAAGGGUCUGUUCUGACACACCAAACAACAUUUAGAUGUACACAUUAAAUCCAUAUGAUCUAAUGUAUAUGAAAUGACACUAAGGUUUUUAAAUCCUCAACCUUAACAUCCCAUCUCAGCUCUGUAGCUACAGCUUUCAAGAACCACUUGCUCAUCAUUAACUUAUAUUACACAGCCACAAAAAUGCAGAUGGUAAGUAACAUGAAUCACAUUUCAAAAUCACUUCUUGAGUCAUCAAUCAACACUCACACAGAAAACACAACACGUACAAAUACAAAAAAUAUGACUGAACGAUGCCCAACGACCAAAUUUUACAUUUGAUUUUAUUAAAAAAAAAACUCCAUGCUAUGGUUAACAUUGGUGUUUUUUCUUCUCAGAGUUGGAGCAGCAUGGAAGGCAUCAGGCAGAAGCAGCAGAGGCCGUCAGUGCUGCGGCAAGUUGCCCAAACUGCUUCCAUACGACAACAUGUGCAUCCAGAAAAUAAUGCAGCAAUUUCCAUUUGCAAGGAAGAGGUGGAUGCAGGCCGUCUCCCCCAGUCCUCUUCACCACACAUGGGCUCCUCUCCCAGGCAAAGCCAUCACUACUUCUUCCCCUUGAGGAGGGACAGUCCAAUGCAGAGCUCCACCAGGCCUCAUGAAGGACUCUCUGAAAGGACCAGUGCUCUGUUUGUGAGUGGCCUCUGCCGCUGGCCUGGCUGUGAUGCACUGUCUGAAGAUUUCCCCAGUUUCUUGAAGCAUCUCCAUUCAGAACAUAGUUAUGGUGACAGAAGCAUUGCUCAGUGGAAAGUUCAGAAAGAUAUUGUUCAGUGCAUGGAGACUCAGCUUAUCCUGGAAAAACAGAAACUCAUUGCAAUGCAGCUUCAUCUGCACCUGUCAGAGCACAAAUAUUCUGAUGUGAAGGCAGCUUCUGAGUGGCAGUGCAGCCUUCCUCCUAUCCUGCCACAGUCUUCGGUAACAGAAGGAGAUGGAGUACAACAAUGGAGAAUUAAAAAUCUGGAGGAGUUGCCUCGGUAUGGCUACAGAGCUGCUGGUUCUGCACACCUUCUGCCAGAUUUGGUCCCCAGUAUCGAAUGUUACAAACACAACAACAUCAGGCCUCCGUACACCUAUGCCUACUUGAUAAGAUGGUCUAUCCUGGAGUCUCCAAACAAACAGCGCACUCUGAAUGAGAUUUACAACUGGUUCACUACCAUGUUCUUCUUCUUCAGACACAACACCGCAACCUGGAAGAAUGCAGUGCGGCACAACCUCAGCCUACACAAGUGCUUUGUGCGAGUGGACAGAGGAAAGGGCGCAGUGUGGACAGUGGAUGAAACAGAGUACCAGAGGAGGAAAGGACAGAAGUAUCACAGGGACUGUCCCGUGAAGUGGCUCAAGUCCUACUCUCAUUACUGCCCAGAGGAUUCCUGAACACGUACAGACAGCAGCAAUGAGCUGCUCCCUUAGUCCAGAACUGCAUGAAGAACUGAUGAAUCUUUGGAAAUGUCAGUUUGUAUUUUGUAUUAUUUUCAUAUGACAUGUUAAACAUGGUUUUAAGGUUUGUUACGUAAAGAUAUUUUGUACACAUACCGUACACAUUACAGUUUUUGUACUUACUGAUUUCUAAUUGUCAAAGAAGUUUUGCUAAAUAAAUGACACUGUCAUUUGUGCGUGUUUUGUCUUCAGUCUGAAU